AUGCCUUACUCAUUGCCUGACCAUGCGACUCCGUUCACUCUUUGCAUCCCCAACGACGACUACAAGCAGUUCCAAGAGCUUCUUCGUAUCUCGCGCAUUGGACCUUUGACAUGGGAGAAUCAGCAUAAAGAUCGCCGCUAUGGUGUUCCGCGCGAAUGGCUUGUCUCAACUAAGGAAUAUUGGUUGAACCAAUUUGACUGGCGCGCCCAGGAGAGGCGUAUCAAUUCGUUUCCUAACUACAAGAUGUCGAUCAAGGAUGAGAAAGGCAAUGUCGACCUUCACUUUGUUGGACUUUUCUCAGAGAAAGAGAACGCAAUUCCAAUUGUUCUUCUCCAUGGCUGGCCGGGUAGCUUUCUCGAAUUCCUACCAACACUCGAUCUCAUUCGGAACAAAUAUGAGCCGGCCAAAAUGCCCUUUCAUCUUAUCGCACCAUCUUUGCCAGGCUAUACUCUUAGUUCAGGGCCGCCUCAAGACGAAGCUUGGGUAGGUGAAGAUGCAGCACGAAUAAUUGACAAAGCCCUCAAAAUGCUCGGCUUUGAUCACUACGUUGUACAAGGCGGAGAUGUCGGAUGCCUCAUAGCUUCCCUUCUAGGAACAACAUAUGAUUCUGUUGUUGGAGUUCAUCUCAAUUUAUUGCCCAGUCUGGAUCAAGUCGAGGCCGAUGAUCCGGAUCUUACCGAAAUGGAGAGAAAGGCCGUUCAGCGAGGCAGGGAGCGCUUCCAAACGCCGACAUUAGGGGCUGCUAUUAUGAAUAGUACACGGCCUGCUACUAUUGGGGCCGUAAUUUCGUCUAGUCCCCUAGCUCUGUUAGCUUGGAUUGGGGAAAAGUUUCUAGAGUGGUCAGAGGAAGACGUUAGCAUUGACGAGAUUUUGACUGACGUCUCCCUUUAUUGGUUCACCGACUGCUUUCCACGCUGCAUCUAUACUUAUCGCGGCACCUUUCUCGUUAAACCUCCCUUUUGCUUGCCGUUUAUCGACAAGCCUUUUGGAUAUUCAUGGUUCAUGUAUGAACUAGCGCCUGGCCCUAAGAAGGUUGUGGAAAAGAAGGGCCGGUUAGUUUUUUAUCGGCAACAUACGAAUGGUGGACACUUCGCGGCCCUUGAGCGACCUGUUGACUUCCUGCAGGAUAUCGAGGAUUUCAUGGAUGUGGUUUUGAAAGAGCAGUAA